UCCUAUGAAUUUAUUUGCUUUUGCAUUUUCUCAUCGGUCUGUAUUACAGAGUUUGACAUCCGGGAUGGAACCGGUGUUGGUUAUUUGGAGAUGCUUUUUCGGACCAAUUUCUUGGGGAUCCUCGGCGGCGGUCAUCACUCCCGGUUGCCUAGUAAUGUGGCCUGUCUGUGGGAUGGAAUCAAACGCCGGUUUCUUUUGGAGAUCACUUGUGCCUCUGAAGUCAAAGCUAUCCGUUUACGCCGUGAUCGCAUAAUCGUGAUUCUCUCCGAAGCUGUCAAGGUGUACACGUUUGACCCGUCCCCACAACUCAUCUAUGAAUCGGUUACUUGUCCAAAUCCGCUAGGACUGUGUCACGUGUGUCAAGCACCUGAUAACCCACUUAUCGUUUUUCCGGGACGUCGACCCGGUAUGCUACUACUUGUACAUAUUGGCAAUCCGGCCUCAUCUAUCGCCAGUCGUGACAAUCCGUCCCCUUGCGGUGCACCUUCUCUUACCUCUGCCGAUAAUCUUCCACCGCGCCAGAUUGUUGCACACGAAAACGCGUUGGCUGCAAUCGUACUGAACAACUCGGGUACUCUGGUGGCUACAGCCUCACAAAAAGGCACUCUUAUUCGGGUGUUUGCGACUAAAGAAUGUGAGCUGAUGUACAAAUUCCGUCGGGGAAUCAAUCCGGCCACGAUCACCUCAUUAGCAUUCAACAAAUCUAGUGAUUUGUUAUGUGUCACCAGUGAACGGGGCACGGCGCACAUAUUCUGUUUAAAACGUGAUUCUACCGAUGUUGAAUCGCGACACGCUUCGUCUUCCACUGGACAUAUUCGUUCUGCUAUUAGUGGGGCUUCCAGCUAUCGUCUUGCUACUCAGUUAAAUUCUCCUUGCUUUUUCACAGUGCUUGCUGCCGAUGGAUCGUAUUACAAAUACAGUUUUACGCCGAAUGGAAAUGUGACCCGGGUGACUUUCGUCAAUUUCCUCGAUUUUUACGAUGAGGAGGCCGAUUUCUGA